GAGGUUUUGGCUUUGACAUUCUUCUUCGUUCUAAGCUGAAUUAGCGAUAAUUGUAAUUUCGCCGCCCCGCAUAACCAUGAAGCGUUUCCCACCUCCGUUUUCCGACUUCAUACGUCGAGUUACAGUGGUUUCUCAAUUGCAGUGCUGUCAGAGAAUCUCAAUAGUUUCUCCGACCGUGGGUGCUCCCACAGUUGUUUCUCUUUACUUUUUCUCAUUCCAAUAGAAGAGUGCGCAUGGACUUGCUUUGCUAUUUCUUGCCACUUCCUCCCUGUAUCAGGGUUGGGCAAUUGGCGCGCCUGUUGCCUUGCUCAGAUGUGGCAGCCGCUUCUCGGGCUCCCUCUGCGGAGUCGGGGCGUAAUUCUCCGUCGCCCGUCAGUGCCACGGUAGGCCAAUGCCCUGCGUCCACUCCUCUGCUACCGUUAGGGGUGACCUACCGCGUCAGUUGGUGGGGCUCGAGAUUUGCUGCCUUGCCUUGCGAGGUUUAACAACUUAAAGACUCUGAGUGGUCGUAACUAAGCUAAAAAAAACCAAGGUGCAGACGGGAAGACUUUACUUUUUACUUUCGUUUCUCAUAUCUGCCUAGCGUGUCUUCAUUAAAGAGAAAGAGUCAUAGAGGGUUUAUUUUUAGGUGUCCAGAGAAGUAGUGAUUGACAAGAGAGGAAAUCGAUGAUCAUACCUUGUAUUAUCGAAUAGUGAGUGUCUUUAUUUGGGAGAAAGAUGAGGCUGCAUCUUCGAAAGAGAUUCUUUCCUUAACGUAUGCUUAAUCUUCAUGAUCGUCAACAUAAAAACCGUGGUUAGGAGAUGAACUACGCAGAGAUAAAGAUAGACAAUUCAAUCAAUGACAACGCAAGAACUUAGCAGAGAUAAUUGAUAGAGUAGAACUUUUACAUGCAAUCAAUAGCAGCCACGUGAGGACGUCAGGGGCACGCGCCUCAUGACCUAGGAGACAAUUUAGUGACGGAUGGAGUAAAAAAAAGGUGAGUUUGUGGACACUUCUUCAGCAGAGAAUAUUAGGUAUAAGAAGCGCGGAGACCACACUUAAACAGGAUCUCUGAAGACCAGACGUGAGUAUCUGAAAUCGGGGGACUACACGAUGUUUGAAGGUAUCUUUAGAAAAGAUACACGGUGUUUGAA